UUCUAAUUCCGAUAGUUGGGAGAAAAUGGAGUCUCAUCUCAUUCAAGUCUGCCUGUACUUCAAAUAAAUACUAACCAGACUUGUGACACCAAGAGACGUUACGGAACAACAACAACCGGUUUGGCAUUGAGGCACAGAUGAAAGGCAAAAUGGAAUGGGGCAAGCAUGACUAUGUGUGUCUUCAUGUGAAGAGGAAGGACGAGGAGUUUGGUCCCUAAAAAGCAUGAAAACGAGUAGGAUUACAAUCAGCUGGUCCCAGCCACAGCAACGACGACACAAGCAAGAGAACUUCAGUCUCUCGAAUCUUCACCCCUGUGGUGUAUCUUCUACAGCGGCCUAAAAGUUAGGAUACGCAGUGGCAGAGAACGGGACAAUUGUGUGUGUGAGUUUGUGUGCGUGUGUAUGCAUGCGUGUGUGUGUUAUUAUGUUUGUUGUGCCGCCCAUUAGGGUGUAGGCGUGUGUGUAUGGCUGUGUGUAUUGGUGCGUUUGUGCAUUAGUUUGUAGUGUGUGUAUGUGUGUGAGCAAUAGCGUUUGAUAGCACCUGGUUGGACCAUGAGGCCGAAGACGUUCCCUGCCGCCCCCUACGUGGGUAACACCCGCCAGCGGCUCCAGGAGAUCAAGGAGGGGCUGAAGCAGCCCGCCAAACUGGUGAGCCAGGCCCUGCACGGGGGCCCGCGGGCCGAAGGCGGGGGCCGGGGGGGCGACUGCAAGGGCAAGGACCCCGGCGGGCGGCAGCAGCAGAUGAGGCCGCCGCAGAAGUUCAAUAACUACCAGAGCGCCCUGCGUGAGAUUCGCAAGUCCCUCAUGCCCUUUGCCAAUGACUCGGGCCCCGGCCCCGCCCACGCCGGCGGCGACGUCAACCGUCAGAUGCUGCAGGACCUGGUCAACGCUGGCUGCGACCAGGAAAUGGCAGUACGCGCCCUGAAACAGACAGGAAGCAGGAAUAUUGAGGCAGCGCUGGAGUUUAUCAGCAAGAUGGGUUACCUGGACCCCCGCAACGAGCAGAUUGUACGCGUCAUCAAACAAACUUCGCCCGGGAAAGGCGGCAUACCAAACUCUGUGGACCAUGGACCGGCAUUGGAGGGACCAAGUGAUGCUGCUAUGCCUCCCUAUCACCAAAUGGGGGCAGGAGCACCCCUGUAUGAGAGCCCUGGAUAUGGAGUGGAGGCUGCCUACAUGGCCAACCCGGUCAUGAACUACAUGAUGCCUGGUUCCUCUGCCCAAAGUGCCCCUCUGGGAGGUCCUCUCGGCAGGCCCCCGAGCAUGGGCCCCUACCCCCCUCCCAUGACCGCUCAGAACCCCCCGGGGAACCCUAUGUUCCCCCCGGCUGCCCAGCAGAAGCCGUACCCCGGCAAUGUGGAGCAGGCCAUGAUGAGCUACCCUGUACCCGGCCAGCCCCUGCAACUCCAGCCACCUCCACCAGGGGGCCCUGGUGGGCCGCACUACGACUACGGCCGGGCGCCGCACCUGAUGGAGCCAUCGGGUUACGGGGUCCAGAGGAGCUCGUCCUUCCAGAACAAGAUGGCGCCGCAGCCGGACAACUACGUCAACAUGCAAGGCAAAGGCCCCCUGGGGCAAAAUAGUGGUGGGUACCCCCCAAACCUGUACCUGUCGCCCCACUCCCACCCUCGGCAGUCCAGCCCGACCUCCCACCAGGUGCACAUGCUCUCCCGCUCUCCUGCAGGGGCGGUGGCUAUGGGUGCAGACUUCCCCGAUAUCCCCCAAGCCCUGCUCACGCCCUCCAGGGCCAGCGUUAACCUGGACCUCUAUGAGCACCACUGGGGCCCCCAGGGCCCAGUCACCGCUGAAGGGGCCCCUCCCAGGCAACCGCAAGGGCCCUUCAGGGGAGAGGUGCGCAUACCCAGCAGGACCAACUCCUUCAACAACCACCAGAAGGUCACCGUCGCCGUCAGGCAGAACAUGCCUCCCGCCGUGAAGCAGGACCCCGCCCUGGGACCUCCGAACACCAUCACCGCGGUGACAUCCCCGCCCAUCCAGCCGCCCGUCAAGAGCAUUCGGGUGAUGAGGCCGGAGCCCAAAACCGCCGUGGGGCCAUGUCACCCCGGCUGGCUGGCCACACAGGCCCAGGACGGGCCUGAAUCCCAUGCAUACCCAGCGGACGACGCCUACGCUCUGGAGCCCGGCGAGUACUGCAACCCAGAACCCCGCUGUCCACCGCCGCCCUACCCCAAAACCCUGCUGAUGACGGGGGCCGGCGCUGAGCCCAUGGCCCUGGAGGGGAACCCGAUGUGUGCAGCCGUGGAGCUACCGCCUUCGAGGCCUCUCCCUGAGGAGAGCCUGGCCACGGACACCAAGGCCAAGGUGGGCAAAGCCGAGAAGGCAGUGAAGGAUAAGAAGCAGAUCCAGACGUCUCCGGUGCCGGUGAGGAAGAACGCGCGGGAUGAGGAGAAGAGGGAGUCGCGCAUCAAGAGCUACUCGCCCUUCGCCUUCAAGUUCUAUAUGGAGCAGCACGUGGAGAACAUCAUGAAGACCUACCAGCAGAAGCUCAACAGGAGGCUGCAACUGGAGCAGGAGAUGUCCAAGGCAGGGCUUUCCGAGGCAGAGCAGGAGCAGAUGAGGAAGAUGCUCUACCAGAAGGAGUCCAACUACAACCGCCUGAAGCGGGCCAAGAUGGACAAGUCCAUGUUCGUGAAGAUCAAGACCCUGGGCAUCGGGGCGUUCGGCGAGGUCUGCCUGACGCGCAAGGUGGACACCAACGCACUGUACGCCAUGAAGACGCUGCGCAAGAAGGACGUGCUCAACCGGAACCAGGUGGCCCACGUCAAGGCCGAGCGGGACAUCCUGGCGGAGGCGGACAACGAGUGGGUGGUGCGGCUCUAUUACUCCUUCCAGGACCGGGACUGCCUGUACUUCGUCAUGGACUACAUCCCGGGAGGAGACAUGAUGAGCCUGCUCAUCCGGAUGGGCGUGUUCCCGGAGGAGCUGGCCUGCUUCUACGUGGCGGAGCUGACCCUGGCCAUCGAGAGCGUCCACCGCAUGGGGUUCAUCCACCGCGACAUCAAGCCCGACAACAUCCUCAUUGACCUGGACGGACACAUCAAGCUCACCGACUUCGGCCUCUGCACCGGAUUCCGCUGGACCCACAACUCCAAAUAUUACCAGAAAGGGAGCCACAUAAGGCAGGACAGCAUGGAGCCCAGUGACUUCUGGGAUGACGUGUCCAAUUGUCGCUGCGGCGACCGGCUGAUGACCCUGGAGCAGCGGGCGACCCGUCAGCACCAGCGAUGCCUGGCCCACUCCCUGGUGGGAACGCCCAAUUACAUCGCACCCGAGGUGCUGCUGCGCAAAGGGUACACCCAGCUAUGUGACUGGUGGAGUGUGGGGGUGAUCCUUUUCGAGAUGCUGGUCGGACAGCCCCCGUUCCUGGCCUCGACUCCCACUGAGACCCAGAUAAAGGUGAUAAACUGGGAGAGCACGCUCCAGGUGCCCCCGCAGGUGAAGCUGAGUCCCGAGGCCGUGGACUUCAUCGGGCGGCUCUGCUGCUCGGCCGAGGAGCGGCUGGGGGGCGACGGGGCCGACGAGAUCAAGGCCCACCCCUUCCUCAACCAGAUGGACUUCUCCAGCAACCUGCGCACCCAGCCCGCCCCCUACCGGCCCAAGAUCAGCCACCCCAUGGACACCUCCAACUUCGACCCGGUGGAGGAGGACGGGGCGGGCGGGAGCGGAGACAGCGCCAGGGCCUGGGACACGCUGGGCUCGGCCCACGGGAAGCACCCCGAGCACGCCUUCUACGAGUUCACCUUCCGCCGCUUCUUCGACGACAACGGCUGCCCUUUCCGCUACCCCAAGCCCCCCGAACCCGGCCCUUCCCCCAGCAGCAGCUGCCCCCCUGAGGGGCCCGGGGAGGAGCCGGCGGAGGGGUGUGAGCCGGUUUAUGUGUAG